AGAGCGACCACUGCUUCCAUCCCUCUUUCUUUCCGCGUCGCUUAGUAAUCAGAGACGGCGAGUUAGAGAGAGGAGAGAGAGAGAGAGAGGGUGUGAAAAGACCAAUUUGACCUCGUUCUUCGUCUUCCUCUCUCUUGUGCUUCUGGUUCAUAUAUUUGAUUUGUUUUUUGUUUUUCGUUUUUUUGUUUGUUUGUGCGGACACCAUGAACGAGAAGGCCAACGUUUCCAAAGAGCUCAACGCCAAGCACAGAAAGAUACUGGAAGGACUUCUUAAAUUGCCGGAGAACAGGGAAUGUGCCGACUGCAAAGCUAAAGGUCCAAGAUGGGCUAGCGUGAAUUUAGGCAUCUUUAUAUGCAUGCAGUGCUCUGGGAUCCACAGAAGUCUUGGGGUACACAUAUCAAAGGUGCGGUCUGCUACCCUGGACACUUGGCUUCCGGAGCAGGUUGCCUUUAUUCAUUCAAUGGGAAAUGAGAAGGCAAAUAGUUACUGGGAAGCAGAGCUACCCCCAAAUUACGAUAGAGUUGGAAUUGAGAAUUUUAUUCGUGCAAAGUAUGAAGAGAAGAGAUGGGUUUCAAGGGAUGGAAAACCUAAAUCACCUACUAGAGUGCAGGAAGACAAGGCUUCUGUGCAUUGGCAAAGGCCUGGGGAAAGAAUUGGGCAUGGCCAUAUUUCUAGUUCUGAAAAUACAUUUGAGGAAAGGAAGAACACUCGACUGCCCGGUACUGCUUCUGCUACAAGAAUUAGUGUUCCUGUUCCUCCUAAAGGACCUGAGCAGCAGGUUACUCCUGUUCCGAAGCCUCAACAUGUUGAGAAAAUAGAAACGGCACCAGCAGUGCCCCAAGCUGAAGCAGCAAAGCAGGCUUCAGAUGCUGCUUCCACUGUCUCUCCACCAAAAGUAGACUAUGCAACCGACCUUUUCAACAUAUUAUCCAUGGAUGGUCCAAGUGAAAAUGGCUCAGGGGCAGCUUCACAUGAUGAUAAUGCUUGGGCAGGUUUUCAGUCUGCAGCUGCUGAUGAAGAAGUGUCAACAGCCGAAAAAACUGGUCCAACAAAGCCGGUCGAAAAUAGUCCCCAAUCGACUACUGGAAUUGAGGAUCUUUUUAAAGAUUCACCAUCAGUAAUGCCUGCUUCAGUGUCAGAGAAACCCAAGAAAGAUUUGAAAAAUGAUAUUAUGAGCCUUUUUGAGAAGUCGAGUAUGGUGUCACCAUUUGCUGCUCAUCAACAACAACUAAUGAUGCUGGCUCAGAAACAGUCCCUUCUGAUGGCUGCUGCAGCUAAAUCUGUUGGUGGGGAACCGAAAUUUAUUGGAGCUAUGCAACAACCUGGGUCCAACGGCAGUAUCAAUUUGUCUGCUCAAAGUUGGGCAAAUACUGGCCCUCAGAUUCCUGGAAUGAUAAUGCCAACUGGUGGGCAGAGUGUACAGACAUUCAUGCAGACAAGGAACAUGGGAGCAGCACAUCCAGUGGGGAGCUCUGUUCCAUACCCUACAUCUAGCCUUUAUUCCAUGGGCCAAGCUACCCCAGUCAAUGGCGCCACAACCACUGGAGUGAGUAAACCUCAACCAGCAUCUACAGUAUCAUCCGUUCCUGCUACGCAAUCAGGGAAGGAUUAUGAUUUCUCCUCAUUAACGCAAGGGAUGUUUGCAAAACCCUGAGCAGCCUUUUGGGGUGACAACGCUUGCUUCGCCAUACUACUAUACGAAAAUAGUUGGAAUUACAGGAAAAUAGCACUUGGGGAGUUUUCUCACCUGUACUCGGGGUUGUAAACCAUUUGUAGAGGCAGUUCAGUUUUUUUUUUUUUUUCUUCUUUCAUUUCUGAGUGAUUUCAUCAUUUGUAUGAUUAGGUGUAUCUGGAGUAAUAAAGAUGAGUUUAGAUUAUUUCAAUUUUAACUACUUUUUCCCCCCGCAAUCUGCAUAUUUGUUGAUAGACUUUCAGAGUGACGAAAACGAGCACCCUUCUAAUAAGUCCUGGAAUUUUUGGAAGCAUAUGGAAAAUGAAUAUUUGAAAUUCUUAAUCUAUAGCAACUUGGAUAUUUGAUAUUU